GGGAGCGGCGCCGGGCAUGCGGGCGGUGGCGGCGCGCCGGGAGGUGGGAUGCUGUCGCGGAAGAAGACGCGGACGGAGCUCUCCAAGCCGGGCGAGGUGCAGGGGAAGUACGUGAAGAAGGAGACGAGCCCGCUCCUGAGGAACCUGAUGCCUUCCUUUAUCCGCCACGGUCCGACCAUUCCAAGACGAACUGACAUCUGCCCUCCCGACUCCACGCCCUCUGCCUACGCCCCUGGAGGAGAUGGAAUUGUUUCCAGGAACCAGAGCUUCCUCCGAACCCCAGUGCAGAGGCCGCCCCACGAGAUAAUGAGGCGGGAGAGCAACAGACUGUCUGCACCCUCCUAUCUGGCCAGGAGUCUGGCUGAUGUCCCAAGGGAAUACGGCUCUUCCUCCCAGUCCUUCCUGACAGAAGCCAGUCCCGGGCUGGAAAACGGAGACCCCGGAGCCCGGUGUUAUUAUUAUGAUCACUUUUACGAGGCCCAGAGGAGGCGGCAGGUGAGCGACCGAGCCCACGAGGACUACAGGUAUUACGAGCACAACAGCGAGCUUUUCCAGAGGAUGUCCCAGAAUCAUGGGAGGCACACCUCAGGCAUCGGGAGAGUUGCUGCUACAUCUCUAGGAAACUUAACAAAUCAUAGUUCUGAAGAUUUACCUCUUCCUCCUGGCUGGUCAGUGGACUGGACUAUCAGAGGAAGGAAAUACUACAUAGAUCACAACACCAACACCACUCACUGGAGCCACCCUUUGGAGCGGGAGGGGCUCCCGCCGGGCUGGGAGCGCGUGGAGUCCGCGGAAUUCGGGGUCUACUACGUGGAUCACAUCAACAAAAGAGCUCAGUACAAACACCCCUGUGCUCCCAGCGUUCCCCGUUACGACCAGCCGCCCCCCGUGUCCUACCAGCCGCAGCCGGCGGAGCGCAGCCAACCCCUGCUGGUCCCUGCCAACCCCUACCACACUGCUGAGAUCCCAGACUGGCUCCAGGUCUACGCCAGGGCUCCUGUCAAGUAUGACCACAUCCUGAAGUGGGAGCUGUUCCAGCUGGCGGACCUGGACACGUACCAGGGGAUGCUGAAGCUGCUGUUCAUGAAGGAGCUGGAGCGGAUCGUGAAGCUGUACGAGGCGUUCCGGCAGGCGCUGCUCACCGAGCUGGAGCACCGCCAGCAGCGCCAGCAGUGGUACGCCCAGCACGGCAAGAACUAUUGACCCCUCCCCACGGACUCCCUCUGAGGACACUCAACAGCUUUAAAAAAAAAAAAAAAGAGGGGUUGUUCGGUUGGUGGUUUUUUUGUUUUUUUUUUUUUCCCCACCCCACACUCAAAACCCUGAAAAAAAAAAAAAAAAAAAAAGUGCUUUUGUUGAAAAGGCAGCUUAUUUUUGUUGACGUUGCACCUUUGUUAUUAUCCUCUUGAGUAUUUUUCUACAUGUAUUAUGUGUUGUUUAUAAAAAUGGAGAUUGUUUGGUAAUCCUUUUUUUUUUUUUUUUCUUCUUCCUUCCCCUUCUCUCCAUGCAAAGGAGUAGUUUGUUAUCCUGAAAACCAGCGUGGAGUUUGAUCAGAGCCCUGCUCCCACUCUCUUUCCUCCCAGUCAGCUGCAGUAUUAAAAGCUGACUUAUAUAUUUUUUAAGGGCAAUAGAU